UGGGUGUUUGUUUCUCCACGACCCACAAUCUGUGUUACACCCACAGCUUGCUACUAUUUAGGCUAGUUAGAGGUAGCCUAGCUAGCUUAUAGUAACGUGCAGAUACCUAAUGAAACGUUAUAUACUCGCGUAUUGAGAAAUGUUUAUUACACCCAAUGGUGAUUUAUCCGUUGGUAGCCACCGCUGCUGUUAUUUGUGGACGUUUUGUUUUGCUGUAUUUUGUCCGGCGUUUUCACCGUUAGUCUCCUCCCGUUGGGUUCACUUUAGCACCACCGUGAGCUAAUAAGUAGCCAUCUUACUUUGAGGGUAUAUGGGUGUCAUAAUUAGCAGUAACUUCACCGGGUGAACUUCAAGGACACGUCAAGGUUCUGUAUAUUCGUCUCUGGGUUUUGGGGGUUGUGAUGUCUGAACCCACCCCAAAGACACCCACCCCUGCUGGAGACACAUAUAAGGGAUGGGUGUUCAAGUGGACAAACUACAUCAAGGGUUACCAGCGGAGGUGGUUCGUCUUAAGCAAUGGCUUGUUGUCCUAUUACAGGACCCAGGCAGAAAUGGGCCACACGUGCCGCGGCACCAUCAACUUGGCGAGAGCGACCAUCACAGUGGAUGACGCGUGUAAUUUUGUCAUCUCUAUUGGUGGCGCGCAGACGUAUCACCUGAAAGCCAGCUGCGAGGUGGAACGCCAGCGCUGGAUUACAGCGCUUGAGCUGGCCAAAGCCAAAGCUGCCCGUAUUCAGGCGGAAUCGGAUGACUCUGGCGAUGACCCUUCCCCGUCAUCCCCUCCCGCGGCUCCUGGACACGGAGGGGGGUCACAGAAUUCUGAAGUCCAGUCGACGCUCAGAACCUUAGGAAGCAAAGUGGAAGAUUUGAGCACAUGCAAUGACCUCAUCUCAAAGCACGGCUGCGCUCUGCAAAGGUCUUUAUCAGAAUUGGACAGUUUACGUCUGACUGGCGAGGCAGGGGAUAAGAUUCGUCAGGUGACCGAAAGGGCCACCCUGUUCCGCAUCACCUCCAAUGCCAUGAUAAAUGCGUGCAGAGACUUUCUGGCCCUGGCUCAGGCCCAUAGCAAGCGAUGGCAGAAGGCCCUGCAGGCUGAGCGAGAGCAGCGGGUGAGGCUGGAGGAGACUUUAGAGCAGCUGGCCAAACAGCACAACCACCUGGAAAGAGCGUUUAGGGGAGCUGCCCAGCCCAACGCCAACAAUAAAGUUGGUGCCGUUCAAGGGGAGGCCAGCGAUGAGGACGAUGAAAACGAGUUCUUUGAUGCUGUUGAAGAGGCGCCUGAGUUCAUCACGGUUCCCGCAGAUCCUCACUUCCAUAAGAGGUCGAGUAGUAACGCCAGUGGGUUCAACAGCGAAAUGUGCUCGGAUGAUCAGUCGCUCAACGAGGAACCUCUCGCAAUGAGCCAUGAGGGGCCCUCGCAGGAACUGGUGCCCCUGAAGAAGAGGCGUAAACGCAUUCCAGACAAACCUAACUACUCUCUCAACUUGUGGAGCAUCAUGAAGAACUGCAUUGGCAAGGAGCUGUCAAAGAUCCCCAUGCCUGUGAACUUUAAUGAGCCCAUUUCCAUGCUGCAGCGGCUGUCAGAGGAUCUGGAGUACCACGAGCUGCUGGACAAGGCUGCCAAGUGCCACAGCUCGCUGGAGCAAAUGUGCUACGUCGCCGCUUUCUCAGUGUCCUCCUACUCCACCACUGUCCACCGAACGGGAAAGCCCUUCAACCCCUUGCUGGGCGAGACGUAUGAGCUCGACCGCCGGAGAGAGAGUGGCUAUCGCUCCCUCUGUGAGCAGGUCAGUCACCACCCACCAGCCGCAGCCCAUCAUGUGAUCUCAGACCGAGGCUGGACUCUGAGGCAGGAAAUUACAGUGGCCAGCAAAUUCAGGGGCAAAUAUCUCUCUAUCAUGCCAUUAGGCACAAUCCAUGCCACCUUUGAGAAAAGCAACAAUCACUACACGUGGAAGAAAGUUACCACCACAGUGCACAACAUAAUUGUUGGGAAACUCUGGAUCGAUCAGUCAGGAGAGAUUGAUGUAGUGAACCACACCACUGAAGACCGCUGCCAUUUGAAGUUUGCACCUUACAGUUACUUUUCUAGAGACGUCGCCAGAAAAGUAACUGGUGUUGUGAUGGACAAGACGGGCAAGGCCCACUAUGUGUUGUCGGGCACGUGGGAUGAGAAAUUGGAGUUCUCCAGGGUGAUGCAAAGUAGCCGAGGAGGAAGUGGAGGUGACAAUGGCUCCGAGGGCAAACAGAAGACGGUUUACCAGACCUUAAAAGCAAGAGAGAUUUGGAAAAAGAAUCCUUUACCUGAGGGAGCUGAGACUAUGUACUACUUCACUGACUUGGCGCUCACGUUGAACGAGCCUGAGGAGCCCGUAGCGGCCACCGACAGUAGGCGCCGCCCUGAUCAGCGCCUGAUGGAGGACGGCCGCUGGGAUGAGGCCAACGCCGAGAAGCAGCGUCUGGAGGAGAAGCAGCGUAUCGCCCGACGGGAGCGCGAACGGGAGGCUGUCAGCCAGCGCUCCUCCAGCCAGUCCGAUGAAGCUGUCGAUGAGGAAUCUCUUACUGAUCCGUCACUGAAAUGUGGACCCCACGACAACUACAACGCCCUUUGGUUCGAGCGCUGUCAGGACCGCAUUACUGGUGAGCAGAUUCACAUCUACAAAGGUGGCUACUGGGAAGCAAAGGAUCGCGGCUGCUGGGAGGGCUGCCCGGACAUAUUUUGACCCCAGCCUUGACUAAAAAAAGGCUGCCGACCAGCCCCAUCAAGUAGACGAUUCCCCCAUCUCUGUUCUAAGAGACCUCCCAGGAGGACAGCUGCUGCUUUCUGACCAAGUGAGUUGUGUCCGCAGUUGAGGGCAGCGCCGCCUCUUGGUUGGAGGACAUCCGCCCAUCCCCAAUAAGUGAGUAGUGCUUCCAUAGCCAUUGUAGACUAUUCUCUUAAUGCGAUAACAUAAUGUUUUCUCUUCAAUUAUAUGCUUAAAACACUUAAUAUAUAAACUCUAAAUAUAUAUGAUGAUAAUAAUAAUAAAUGUUACAAAUUUGGUGGCCUUCAUGAAUUUAAGGGAACAUUUCCGGUGUAAUAUUUUUGUGUUUUAAUGUGUCUUCCACCACUUUUGUUUUGGUGUGGAUUUGAAUUAUUUUUUGUUUUUGUCAAAAGACCUCGCCUUUUCACCCACUGAGUAUUGCGAUACAAAUGAAUUCUAUUUUGAAUCAGUAGUCAACAAACAUUUUAAAGCAAAUACUUGUUUUUAAGUGUGUGAUCAAUGUCAGCUAACAAAUUGUACACCAAAAAAUGUGAGUUGUUUUUUGUUUGUAAGUGUACUUAAAAAUGACAAUAGUAAAAAACCAUUGUGAAUAAAUCAUAUUUUAUAAAUGUAUAGAAAGUCCAUAUGUAUUUGAAAACUGUGAGGUUCAUUUUUGCUUCCAAAGUGAACAGUCUUCAAUUUCAGAGAUGGGGAAAAUAAGGGAGAUUCCAUAAUAUUGUUUGGUAUUUUGGAUGAAAAAAAUCCCACAUGCAAUCUAUAAUAAAUGCUGUAAUGUAAACAGUUAUUUAAAUCCUGUUUUUAUUGCACCAUGGCUAUUUGUUUUUGUAAGAUUUAAGCCUUAAACUAAUGGCUAAAUUUAACACGCGAAUGGGAAAAAUAAUUUUAUGGUAUUAGGGCUGAAACUGGUUCAAAAAUAAUACAAUCAUAAUAAUGAUGCAGUAUUGUUAGCAGAAAUACAAAAAGACCCCAUGCAUUAAUUUGACAGAACACAAUAUAGCUGGGUCGGACGUGUCGUCACGUCUUUUUGUUGUUGGUUUUGACUGAAGCACACGGGGAGUCAAACAAGCGUACAGUAUUUGUACAAAGAAGUCAAGUGAUAGCAGAGUGGGAAAAUGCACCAUACAUAUGCUGUUCCCACAAGGGGAAAUGGUUCCGGUGGGGGUUUUAAAAACAUGUUAUUCCAGAGUUCCUAAAAUAAUUCACAAAGGGAAAAAAGUCGUUCUAACAACCUGACAAACCUAGCGAAAAGUGGCUGCUGUCUUAAACCUGUUGCUCUUGCCAAGUGGAGCCACGUCUGAUACGAUCAAGUUUUCAGGGACAACUUUGGCAAUGUCUGUAUGAACUUGAAAAUAAACUGUAAAAGUCUG